AUGUUCGAGAGCUGUUUUCCACCGUUACGAAUGUGUCUGGAAUGUGUACAGGGACCGAGUUUUUCGGUGACUCAGAAUCAUGCACAUUUUCAAAAUGAAUUACAUUCUGUGAGAUUAGACACGGUAUUCAUGGGUGACGAUGUGGUACUGCUAAAAAACGGACAGCGAAUUUGCGGUUCAGGGGCAGCUUUAAGUACAGCUCCAAUCGUGCAAAAUAAAGCUUACUUCCAAGUCAGUAUUCAACAAACUGGAAUAUGGGGCAUUGGAUUGGCGACACGAUCUGCAGAUUUGAAUUCGGUGCCAGUAAUUGCGAACUGUUGGGUUUUGAGACAGGAUGGACAACUGGUAGCAAAUGGUGAAGUGUUGGGGAAGCUAGAAGAACCUAUCGAUGAGGGUGACUGUAUUGGCGUCGCAUUUGAUCAUGUAGAACUCAAGUUUUACAAAAAUGGUGUAUUGUUACCGCUGUCAAUCUCAAAUAUUAAAGGACAAGUUUAUCCUAUUGUUUAUGUUGGCGAUAAUGCAAUUUUGGACGUUAUGUUUCGAUUGUUUUCGUAUAAUGCACCUGAAGGAUAUGAGGAAAUCAUGCUGGAGCAGACUAUUCUUUGA